ACUGCGUGCACGUCCCGGUCCCUGCCGCUGUCCUGGCCCUGGAACCUGCUCUGCACCAGCCCUCUGCCUGCUGGGCCAAUGCAGCUGCUGGGGCUCCUCAGCCUCCUCUGGAUGCUCAAGGCCUCCCCAGGGGCCACAGGAACUGUACCUACGGCCACAUCCAUCUCUCAUGUGCCUUUCCCCAGGGCGGAAGCAGUCCGCGCUGUGCUCAGCAAUUCUCCACACUCCAGAGACCUGGCUAGGCGGCCACUUGGUGUCCCCCAGCUCCUCUCUCCUGUUCCUGGCCACAGGGAAAAUGUACCUAUGACACUCGUUACCUCCCCCAAUGACACACUCAUCUUUGAAACACUGCUCACCUCUCCAGUCAAUUCCAACACCUCAACCACCCCGAUGUCCAAGUUUGCUUUCAAGGUUGAAACCACUCCACCCACUGUAUUGGUCUAUUCGGCCACCACUGAGUGCGUGUAUCCAACGAGCUUUACAAUCACCAUCUCCCACCCCACCUCCAUCUGUGUGACCACGAUGCAGGUGGCCUUCACCAGCUCUUACACCCCCACUCCCGUGACACAGAAGCCAGUGACCACUGUCACCAGGAAUUACCCUAUGACCACUACUGAGAAACUAAUGUCAGCCGUGACAUCUUCUUCCUCUACCACCUCUGCAAGGGAAACUCCCAUAGUGACAGUGACACCGUCUUCCUCUGUGUCAGCCACAGACACAACCUUCCACACUAUGGUCUCCUCUACAACUAGAAUCUCAGAAAGGACUCCCCUGCCCACUGGAAGCGUCCAUACGACCAUGAACCCAGCCCCAGUAUUUACUACUCUCAAAACAGCAGUGACUUCCACUUCCCACAUCACUUCUUCAAUCACUUCCACAGAUACAGUGACUUCUGUGACAACGACCACCUCCCGGCCCACAGCCACUAAUACACUGUCAUCACCCACCAGUACCAUUUUAUCCUCCACACCUGUCCUGAGCACAGAAACAAUCACGAGUGGUAUCACAAACACCACUCCUCUAUCUACCUUGGUGACCACACUCCCUACUACCAUCACCAGGUCUACACCUACAUCUGAGCCCACUUACCCUACUUCUCCCACCAGCACAGUGAUAGACUCUACAACCGAAAUCACCUGCUCCACAAGUAUGACAGGUACAUGGUCCAUGGAGACUUCUCUCCCACCCACCUCUUCCUCUCUCCCAACCACAGAAACAGCAACAACUCCUAUGACAAACUUGGUAAUCACCACCCCUGAGAUCACCUCCCACAGUACUCCCACCUUCUCUUCUUCACUCAUCUACUCCACAGUCAGCACAUCCACAACUGCCAUCUCCUCACUUCCCCCUACCUCAGGUACCAUAGUGACUUCCACAACCAUGACCCCAUCUUCUCGGAGUACAGACAUCCCUUCAACAACACCAACAACUAUCACCCACCCUUCUGUGGGCUCUACUGGCUUAUUGACUACAACCACACACCUUCCCUCUAUACCCACUGAUAUCGGUAGCUCAUCAACCCCAACACAUAUCAUUUCAUCUUCUCCCUCCAUCCAAAGUACAGAAACAUCAUCUCUUGUGGGCACAACCUCUCCCACCAUGUCCACUGUGAGAACGACCCUCAGAAGUACUGAGAACACCCCAAUCACUUCCUUUAGCACAACAUAA